GCAGUGCGCCGGGCGAGCAGCACAUGGUCAACGCGCGGGGCCGCACUGGGCGCGACUCCAAAGGGGGGGCGACGCCGACGACCGGGCGAGCCGCCUCAGCGCCGGCCCGCAGAGCUCUCCGCCGCGCGCGCCACGCGCGAGCGCGCGCGCGCGCUGCUUGAAGGGCCCCGCUGCUGGCGCUGGCGGCGCCGAGCGGAGCUGCGCGCGCACUCAGAGGGAAAAUCGCUCGGCAAGCGUACCUUUCGCGCGGCCAGCAGCGUUCUCCGGACCUCCCCCUGAACCAGGUCGACGGGGAAAAGAAACGUGACGCUGGGGGAGGUCCACAGAGCUGCCGCGGCCACCCUCGACCCCCAGGGGCGGCGCUCGAUCGCCACCGCAGGGCCCCGGUGGCCCCGCGCUGGCGCGGCCGAGCGCGGCCCGCGCGGAUCGGGCGGGGCGCCGUGCGUCCGCCGCGGGGGAGGGGAGCGGGCAGGGGGGACAGGGGGGGAAGUCGGCCACACUCCCCAGGUCCGCACAUGACGCGGAGGGACGGCGCGCGCGCGUGAAACUACCCUGCACCCAGCCCCUUGCCAAGCUCGUCUGGCCAGGCCUUCAGACCUGGGGGGAGGCGGCCAUCCAUGAGUUUGGACAGCACCUUCUUGCCCCAGUCUGUUGGGCGGUGGCAGGUGCCUUGCAACCCUGCGCUUAUCUUCGCACUGCUGUAAGCCCCACACUUGCGACACCACCAGAGUUCACGAGUACAAGACACAUCGUGGCUCUGAUGGAUCUGGUGCGGCCGACCUGGGCAAAGCAAGGCAAGCCACUCCAGCGUCCCACACUCUUUGGUAGGGCGCCCGCGGCAGACAAUACACAAUUUAUACCCCCCCUUCUCGAUCACGCUGUGUGUGGUCUCCUGCAGUGCUUGCUCAACGUUCGAUUGACGCUGGGCCCUGGACGCUCGACUGCGGGCCACAAGAUCAGCUCUAGAGGUGGCCGAGUAUAGGGAUGGGGUCUGGAUAGCCACUUGCAGAGCGACUUCUGUCAGGCGCCUCUGCACGCGGACAGCUUUAUUAUCUAUGUCGAUUACCUGCUGGAUGAUAUGCUGCGGGAGCCUGGCCAUGCGCGCCCCUUCACUGGCACACUCAUCCGCGGCCUGGUUGGCGGUAAAAUCUUCCCGGGUAAUGUGGACCCCCACAUCCCCUUCUUCGAGGUGGGACUUUACCUUUUUAAAUUGGCACGGCCCUGGAUGGCCUUCAUAGGCCUCCCAGAAAUCGAGCCACGCAGCCGAAUUAGCCUCGUGCUUCCAUUGGGGUCCAUGACGAAUCCCAUCAAUCACACUCUGUUAUUCGAGCACAAAAUGACAUUCACCAAUAGUGCGUUGCAAAGCUACGGUGAUACCGACCAGCUCCGCUAGGGGAACCGUCUGGAUCCGUCCUGGGAGGGUGCCGUACGCUCUGCCUACCACAUGGCCUCCCUGGACAAUGGCGCAACCCCAUCCGCAACGACGGAGGCGCUUAUCGUCAGUACAAUCCCCCCCACUCCCGUCCGACCCGACCCGAUCAUCAGCGCCUAAGGGCACGCGCCCUCCUGCAUCGAAUGCUCCUUCAAAAAUGGCCUGGCCCUCCGGCCACGAAUCGACCAAGUCGUGGACCCAUAAAACAGGAGUCAAACCGCGUAGCCAAAAACAUGGGAACUCGGCAUGUACC